AUGGGUAUGGAUUCACAAAUCGCUCGGCCGUUUCACGUGUUGAAGGUCAUGGAUAUCAUCCAAGAGCAGCAGAGCACGCACUUUCGAAUUCAGUUUGCCUUGACCAUGUCAACUCCUUCAUCCUCUCAUUGGCGCUCUGCCAUGCUCUACCUCCUUGUGGUAUUGCCGGUGGUGUCGGCCGGCAGCAUCACCAACAUCACCGUGGACGGCAACUCCGCGUUUGACAACCAAAUCAACAAAAUCCUCCACUGGGAUGGCACCCGCGAAAGCCUCGGCAUCGGCCCCGACGUCAUUGCCGGCAUUGCCAUCGCCGCGGGUCUCGUCUUAACCUUCUUCGGGCACAAACUCAUUCGACCGGCCAUGUUCCUCGCUGGCUUUGCCAUUGGCUCCAUCUUCUGCUUCAUCGCAGCCGAAAAGAUCUUUCGCGAAAAGGAGUACAUGGAAACCGCUUGCUGGAUCUCAUUUGCUGUCGGUGGCCUGAUCGUUGGAGCGUUGGUGAUUUGCCUGUACAAACUCGGCAUUUUCCUUGUUGGCGCGUACGCUGGUAUGCUUCUGGCGACACAGCUCCACACGUCCUUUGGGUAUGCCAUCUACCCGUCGGACCCGAAGAUUGUGUUGAUCGUCCUCAUGGUCGUGUGCGGCCUCGUCUGUGGUUUCGUGGCCGUGAAGCUUGAACGCCCGGCUUUGAUCAUUGCGACGGCGUGGGCUGGUGCGGUGAUGUGUGUGUGGGGCAUUGGGUUCUUUGCAGGGUACUAUCCCAAUACUACCAACUUGAAGCAACACGCCGAUGCCAAGGGCGACUGGCACGUGAAUGUGCCUAACGAGUGGUGGGGCUACUUGGCUGGCUCGGUGGCGCUGGCGCUGCUUGGCAUGUUCAUUCAGUUCCGUCGCCGCCCCGCCGGCCAAGAGUCAGCGGCGGCGGCUGCUCCCCGGUAUGUGGAGGUAUCGACCCCCGCGAAAGGCGACCCCAUCCGUCAUGCGUAG